AUGGAUUGGCCAUGGCGAAUUAUUGCCCUUGAUGAGGCUCAAAAAACCGCUCGCCGGCAGUCGUUGGAUCGACAUGCGGCGUACGCGCAACUUUCAGCAUUAGUCCCUAUCGCCCUGUUCCUACUCUACCGGUUCAUGUCCUGGGUGGUGAAGAGACUUACACCACAACGCGGUUUUUACUCAGCUGUUCCGGGUUCACCUACUUUAAAACGAGCUAGACGCAGUACUACCGGCUCUUUGGCUAGUUUAUUAAGGAGAUUCGCAUGGUGGUUCAGCGAUGAUGUCGUGUUUCUGGGGAAAACCUGGGGGCAGAGAGAUCAGAUCAUCAUCGGCAUCAUUUGGACUGUAUGGCUGAUGUUUCUUUGCGUGGUUGACACUGGAAAUGAUUACAUUCACUUGACUAAGAGAUUCGGGAUAGUGGCGCUUUCUCAAUUGCCAAUGCAAUACUUGCUGGCACUUAAGAGUAUCAACCCCAUCGCCUUCGUCUUUAGCUCUUCUCACGAGCAAGUUAAUCGAUGGCAUCGAGUCCUUGGUUGGAUCAUAUAUUUCCUGCUAUUCUUGCAUGUGUCCUUCUUCCUUAAUUUCUAUAUUCAAGAGGGCGUAUUGGCUGAACGAAUCGUCCGCCUUAUCCCAGCACUUGGUCUUGGUUCCUUCAUCGGCCUGAGCUUCAUGAACACCACCGCUCUUCGAAUUGUCCGUCAAUAUUCUUAUAGGGUUUUUUUUAUCACCCACCUUAUUGUAGCAUUCAGCCUCCCACCGGCCAUCUUCUUCCAUUCUCACCAUGGAGGUCGUGAAUACGUGAUCGAGGCACUUGCUGUCUUCGUCCUCGAUAUCAUGAAACGCAGAUUCGACACUAUUACGGCACCUGCGACUCUAGAGCGCAUCCCAGGCACCAGCUUGGUCAAGAUCGUAGCCAGCCUCCCACCCAAGAAACUCGGUCGCUUCCGCAAGUAUCACGGGAUGCACGUGUACCUGAGUAUUCCGAUUGCUGCCCGUCGUGCCUCUGGUGCCAAUUUUGCGGCGUUCCUCCUCUUUGAAGCCACCUUCAAUCCUUUUACCAUUGCAUUGGUGAACGAGGAGUCGCAAAAUCUAACUCUAAUUGCGCGAUGCCAGAACGGACUCAUGACUAAGACCCUAGCUCGUCUCGCCCAGAACCAUUUGACAGGUACCAAGAUACCACUGAAUAUCGACGGUACCUACGGGUGCGCCAAGAAGUUUCCAAGCUUGACAGGUUCAGAAUUUAAUCGUAUUCUUCUCGUCGCCGGUGGAGUCGGCGCCACCUAUAUUUUGCCUCUGUAUCGUAAGUAUACUAUCUUUUCCAGUCCCGGCGCCCUACGGUUAAUUACUACUGAAAGCCCAGCUGCCCGCGUACGGAUGGUCUGGGCUGUCCGUGAAGCCGGCGAUGCGACAUGGCCGGUUAAUGGGACUGCGGGAAGCAUUCUAGACGACGAAAACCUCCACUUAUACCUAACUGGGGACGUCUUUGGGGACGCGGACCAAGUUACUGACUCGGGCGACGAGGAUGAUGCGAUAGAGUUGGCUAGUAAUCUCGAUACUGACUCAAGACGCAUGGGCAAACGGCCCGACCUAAAGAAGAUUGUUGAUGACUUCUUUAAGCAAGGUUUAGAGGAACGGGUUGCCGUGAUCGUAUGUGGACCUGAAGCCAUGGCUCGUGAACUGAAGUCCCAUGUUGGAGUCUGGGUUCAGAAAGGCCGGAAUGUCUGGUGGCAUAAUGAAAGUUUUGUUUGGUGA